AUGCAUGCAGUAUCACAACACACGCAUACAAGAUUGCAUGCAUGCAUAGCAUGCACAAGAUCCUAGUACGAGUACAGUUUCAAGCACAAAUUGGUGGACAAAACUGGGCAUGUACAUUUUGCCAGGACCUUCCGACACCAUGGGAAAACUGAACAGAAAGGCCAACUACAGUUUGGCUGAAAGUCGCUUUCUUGUUGAAAAAUUCAAACUGCACGCAGCAUACUUUGAGAACAACUGGACAAAUGGCUCCCGUUUCGAGAAGACCGAAGUCUGGCAGGACAUCUUCGACCAGUACUGCGAGCAGUUCCCGCACACCGAUCGGACGGCGCUAGACAUCCGUAGGAAGCUCAUCAAGCUACGAAGCGAAGCAAAAAUGAUCAUGCAGCGGGAGCAGCUAAAGUCUGAAGGAGCCAACAUCGAGGAGCUCCUCUCGGACAGGACGCUGAAGCUUUCCAUGUCUCCUGCACACAAGAUGAUGAUGAAAGCGAUGAGGGGGGAAGAAGACUGGGCGGCCGAUAAUGGAGACUUCGUGGAGUACGAGGUGGAGUUUGAUGAUGAAGAUCCAGAGGAUGACGACAAUGAUGUGGAAUAUGUGGAAGAUGGCGAUGAGGAACAUCUGCCUGGUAGUGUUAACAACCCUGAGAAGAUCAUCAAGAAGCUCUUUCUUCCCGGAAGCCACCCAAUUGCCAUUGCAACAGCCCCGAAGAAGCCGAAUUACACAAGAAACACCUCCAGCACCUCAGUCUCAGAGCCAACUCCAAAGAAAAGAAAACACCACAACGCCCAAGACACAUCCUCCUCCUCAUCUAAGACGACUGCUGAUGAUUUGCUGGAGCUGCAAAGGCAGAACCUGGCGAUGGAGCGGAAGAAGUUGUCCAUCGAGUGCGAGAAUCUUCUCCUGGCGCAGAAGAAACUUAAGCUGGAAGUUAGGCUGCUGGAGCAACAGGUGGUGCAGCAAAAGGAAGGGUCCGGCAGCGGUCAAGACAAGGACAGAAAAGGAGGAAAUGUUCCCUGUGGUAGACCGAAGAGUCAGAAGGUUGUUGAGGAGGAGACAGUCGCUGACAGUGAUGGUGAUGGUGAUAGCGAUGGACAAGAAAAUGGACAGGAAGUGGAACAGGAGGAGACUGAAGUGCACGAUGAAGAUGGCAACUAAUCUGUGACAUGAUGCACUUAUGAACUAUGAACAUGUUUGACAUUCUUUGUUAAAAAACAUUCCAAUAAAAAUAUGAGUAUGCCUGAGAACUGCUAUAGAUGGAGAAAAAAAAAGUGACCACUCUGAACAUGAUCGCGCGACUUUGUUCAGACUUCUCAACAUUCAGGACAAAGUGAUGCUGAGCAAUAUGGAAAAUUUGCAUGCUUACAUACAUGUAUAUGUACAUCGAUUUUUGUAAUAAAUAAUUUACAAAAUGUUAAAUGUA